UGAGCGCACUUUGAUGCUUCUCGAGCUAGCUUAGCCUGCUAGUUAGCUUAGCUUGUUAGCUGCUAACAAAGAGAGGCGGAAGUGAUCAAAACACAUCGCUAAGUAGAGAUCAAGUGUGAGUGUAAAGUGUUGUGAUUGUGUGAAAAUGUGCCAAAGAACCAUAGCAGAGUACGAGGAGGAACUUUGUCCAACAAAAGAGGAGAAGGAGCGACAACAUGAAAAACAUCAAGUUGUGUUACACAGAACAGACAUCCAUCAGCUGAUUGGACACCAAGAAGAAUGUCUCCCUCAUCUGCAGGGGGACAGUUUCACUGUAAAGUAUCCACAGCCCUCACAUUUUAAAGGGGACAAAGAUGAGCCACAGCCCUCUUAUUUUAAAGAGGAAGAGGAGGGAGAGUGUCCUGUAGGGCAGGAGGAGGCUGAUGUCAGCAAGUUUCCACUGACUGUUGUCUCUGUGAAGACUGAAGAGCAUGAAGACAAACCACCUGAGUCCUCACAGCUUCAUCACAGUCCAAAUGUCUGUGAAGAACAUCUUCACCCUGAGCAACAGAAGUGGAGCUUCAGGAUGCGGACAGAGGAGCCACAGCCCUCCCACAUUAAGAAGGAAGAGGAAUACCCACUGAUACCCCAUUUUAAAAAGGAAGAGGAGGACCCACUGACACCCCAUUUUAAAAAGGAAGUGGUGGAUCCACUGACCCCUCACUCUAAGGAGGAAGAGGAGGACCCAGUGACCCCUUACAUUAAAGAGGAAGAGGAGGAAGAGGGCAUCAGUCAGCCUAAAUGGUUGGAGGAGUUCCCAGUGACUGGUGUCCCUGUGAAGAGUGAAGAUGAUGAGGUGAAAGGUGAAAGUGAGGAGAGGGGAGGGGGGGAGCCUCCAAGCAGCAGCUCAACACAACACAUGACAACAGAAGCUGAUGGAGACCACUGUGGAGGAUCACAAGCAGACAAGCUCUUAGCUCCACUAUCAGAUAGUGAGGACACAACGUCACACUCUCCUGACACUGAUGAUGAAGACUCUAAAGAUGAUAAGACAUGUCACACUGACAACACUCACUUCACAUCUUCUCACUGUCACAAAACCUUUAAAUACCGUCGUAAUCUGAAAAGACACAUGAGAACACACACUGGAGAAAAACCUUUUUCUUGCUCAGAAUGUGGUAAAGGUUUUACACGAAGUCAACAUUUGAAAGUACACAUGAGAACACACACUGGAGAAAGACCUUUUUUAUGUUCAAUCUGUGGUAAAGGUUUUACAGAAAGUCAACAUUUGAAAGUACACAUGAGAACACACACUGGUGAAAAACCUUUUUCAUGUUCAACCUGUGGUAAAGGUUUUACAGAAAGUCAGAAAUUGAAAGUACACAUGAGAACACACACUGGUGAAAAGCCUUUUUUCUGUUCAACCUGUGGUAAAGGUUUUGCACAAAGUCAGGAUGUGAAAAGACACAUGAGAACACACACUGGUGAAAAAGCUUUUUCCUGUUCAAUCUGUGGUAAAGGUUUUACAAGAAGUACAGAUGUGAAAAGACACACUAGAACACACACUGGUAAAAAAUCGCAUUCCUGUUCAAUCUGCAACAGAAUCUUUUGUCGACGACCAACCCUUGUAGCACACAUGAGAAGACACCCAGGAGAGAAAGUGUUGAGUUGCAGUGUGUGUGGUGAAAGAUUGUCUUCUAAGUACCAGUGUAAGAAACACAAGUGUGCUGGUGAGAACAGCAGCAGCAAAUGAAACUGCAGGAUUUGAAAUAAACCGUCCAGACUUUCAUUUUGACUUUCUAACAACAUCAGCACAUAUAACAUGUGUGACAUUGUUGUUUGUCUAACAAUCUGUUUAAUAUGAUCUUUACAUUUAUAGAUUACAUAGUUUGAAAUAUAAAAUUAUUACUUAUUUGUACUUGUAAUUGUUAAUAAUCCCAUAGAUUAUCACCUUUAUAUGAUAUACAUAUGUACUGGUUCACAUCUGAAACAUCUUCUGGACCACUUCAGGAAGCAUAUUAUUAUUUACUUUAUACAUCAUUUAAACAGUUGUCUUUUAUACAAUUUUAAAAUGUGUGAUUUUAUGAAUCAUUUGUUGGGACUCUGUAAUCCAUUUUAUUAUUAUCUUUAUUACUCUCUUUUGUAUUCUGAUAAUUGUGUUGUGAUUAUUUUAAAUGUAUGUCCCCAGACCUUUAUGCAAUAAAAAGUGAGAGAAAAUGUCUGAA